AUUGAUUGGCUGCGGGGAGCAGGCGGCUCUGCCGGCAGCGGUUACCCAGGGUUUCCGGUGCGAGACCAGAGCGGGCGAAGCCGUCAGGACGUCAGUGGUGGGGUCCGUACCCCGAAGACUAGAGGGAGAAGGCUAUCAAGGGCUGAGAAUUUCGAAGUCUGGAAAAUAGCGAGAGUGCUUGUUUCUGUAGGAUCUGCUUCUCACCUGACAUUGCAAACCACAAUGAAGAACCAAGACAAAAAGAAUGGGGCUGCCAAACAAUCAGGCAACACUUCCAACCCAAAAAGCAAUCCGGGGCAAGCGGAAGCAGGAACAGAGGGAGCCCAGGGGCUGCCGAGUCAGUCGGCCUCUGCGACAGAAGCUGAAGGUUCCUCCAGCCAGGCUCCCGGGAAUACAGAGGUAGGAGCACAAGCCAAAACUGCUCAGUCUGGUGCCCUCCGUGAUGUCUCUGAGGAGCUGAGCCGCCAGCUGGAAGAUAUCCUGAGUACGUACUGCUUGGACAACAAUCAGGGCGGCCCAGGUGAAGAUGGUGCACAGGGUGAGCCUACUGAACUCGAAGAUGCAGAGAAGUCCCGGACCUAUGCCACAAGGAAUGGGGAGCCUGAGCCAGAGACUCCAGUGGUCAAUGGUGAGAAGGAGACCUCCAAGGGGGAGCCAGGCACAAAUGAGAUCCGGGCAAGUGAUGAGGUGGGAGACCGAGACCACCGAAGGCCGCAGGAGAAGAAGAAAAUCAAGGGUCUGGGAAAGGAGAUUACGUUACUGAUGCAGACGUUGAACACGCUGAGUACCCCAGAGGAGAAGCUGGCAGCUCUGUGCAAGAAGUAUGCUGAACUGCUGGAGGAGCACCGGAACUCCCAGAAGCAGAUGAAGCUCCUGCAAAAGAAGCAGAGCCAGCUGGUGCAGGAGAAGGACCACUUGCGCGGCGAGCACAGCAAGGCCAUCCUGGCCCGCAGCAAGCUCGAGAGCCUGUGCCGAGAGUUGCAGCGCCACAACCGUUCCCUCAAGGAAGAAGGUGUGCAGCGGGCCCGGGAGGAGGAAGAGAAACGCAAGGAGGUGACCUCCCACUUCCAGGUGACGCUGAAUGACAUUCAGCUGCAGAUGGAGCAGCACAAUGAGCGCAAUUCCAAGCUGCGCCAGGAGAACAUGGAGUUGGCCGAGAGGCUCAAGAAGCUGAUUGAGCAGUAUGAGCUGCGAGAGGAGCACAUCGACAAAGUCUUCAAACACAAGGACCUGCAGCAGCAGCUGGUGGACGCCAAGCUCCAGCAGGCCCAGGAGAUGCUGAAGGAGGCAGAGGAGAGGCACCAGCGGGAGAAGGAUUUUCUCCUCAAAGAGGCAGUGGAGUCCCAGAGAAUGUGUGAGCUGAUGAAGCAACAGGAGACCCACCUGAAACAGCAGCUUGCCCUGUACACGGAGAAGUUUGAAGAGUUCCAGAACACUCUUUCCAAAAGCAGUGAGGUGUUCACAACAUUCAAACAAGAGAUGGAAAAGAUGACUAAGAAGAUCAAGAAGCUGGAGAAAGAAACGACCAUGUACCGGUCCCGGUGGGAGAGCAGCAACAAGGCCCUGCUGGAGAUGGCUGAAGAGAAAACACUCCGGGACAAAGAGCUGGAGGGCCUGCAGGUGAAAAUCCAGCGGCUGGAGAAGCUGUGCCGGGCACUGCAGACAGAGCGCAAUGACCUGAACAAGAGGGUCCAGGACCUGAGUGCUGGGGGCCAGGGCCCCCUCACCGAAAGCAGCCCUGAACAAAGGCCAGAGGCUGCCACUGCGUCCAAGGAGCAGGGUGGCGAGGGGUCUGGGGCCCGAGCACCUAGCUCCCCAGGAGCCACAGGAGCUCCUUGCUGCCCUGGAGCACCAAGCACAGAAGCAUCUGGCCAAACAGGGCCCCAGGAGCCCGCCUCCACCACUGCCUAGGGAGCCUGACCCUGGGGGCAUGCUGGGAAGGGAGUGAGCCACCCAGCCAGGCCUGUCCUGUGCAAGGCUCCCACUGCUAAGCAAUUCAGUGCUGAGGCCUAGGGCACUCUGACCUCGCUGGCAUCUGACACUUCGCAGUUUUGGAUUUUGUGGGUCAGUUUUACGUACAUAGGACAUGUGCAAGGCCUCGUACAUUUAUAUCUGUAAGUGUAAAAUAGGCUUGCAUUGGAGGUGGGGUGUGUACAGAUGAACUCAGUGGCUCUUCUGUGAGCUAAAGUGGAGCUGUCAUCUGUGUAGUUGCCUUCACAGUGACCUGGCAGGACAAGUGACUUGAACAUUUUCUGCCUGAGUUGAGGCUCAGACCCCUCCCUCCCUGCCCUUCAGGGAUGGUAACAAGUGACACACCCAGGCCUUGACCAUGUUUCUCUUGUUAGCGGGGCUUGGGCAGCUCUGGCUCUCCUAGCUCCCCUGGAAGCUCCUUGGCUAUUCUUAACCCGGAGGGGGUCCCCAGGCAGAGCCUUGGCGGGGCACUCAGAGCUGGUGUUCAAACCACUUUCCUGCCCAGGACAGGGACCUGGAGAAUGUUUCUGUGUGGAAUGGUGCACUGGUAGGGAGCCCCUUGGGCACCGCUUCUCCUGCCCUCUGGCAGUGUCAGGACCAGGCCAAUGAUGCUUCUCAGUAGCCUUAUCAUUCACAGGUGCCUCUAGCCUGCACAAAUGAUUGACAAGAGAUCACCCAAAGGAUUCUUUCUGAAGGUUUUUUGGUUUUUGUUUCUGUUGCACGUGAUAGUGUUUGUGUUGAGGACCUUCGGAGGGAGAAGUGCUCUAUCAGUCGUGCCUGGGUUCCUGGCCUCUGGUAACCCCACCCUCCCCGCCCCACCUGGCACCUCUGUCCUGUUGGUGCUUAGGUUUCCCAUCUGAUGGAAUCAAACUGUAGCAAGAGAAAGGAAAGGGCUUCUCAUGGUCUUACCACAAGCACCUGUGUGGGUCUCAACCUGGAAGGCCGCCGCCAGUUCCCAUCACCGCUGUCUGUGCAGCAGUUGCUGAGCCCCAGGGGAUCGACUGUCCCCGCUGGCAGUAUGGGUGUUUCUGCUUCCUGCCCUUGCCCUAGUGUGUAGUCCUUGAGGUUUGCUCUCGUUCUGUUGUCCAAGGAAUAAGAUCUGAGGUGUAUCCUUGACACCCCACUUGUGUGGGAGCCCCAGCUCUCAUCUGACAACUGAUGGGUAAGAAUGAGACUCAGCAAUUGACUGAACCCCAGAAAUCCACAGAAUGACUGCAGAUACUUAUAUCAGUCCUUCUCCCGUACCCAUACUCCCCACCCCUUCCACGUCACCCCAUACUCUGGAAGUUCUGUUGGCUGCACACUUGCUGGGGUGUCACCUGGUCUUUGAAUAGAGCGGUUUUCUGGAGCAACACAGUCUUGGGUCAGGAAGCAAGGCUCUGCUGGGCUCGGGGUGCUACACUCCACCUCCAUUUUCAUACAGGCCCUUUCAUCUUUCACAACUAGCCUACUCUUUCAGCCCUUAAAUCCCUCUCAUAAAAUAGGUUCGUGAAGUGUUAAGUACUCCUAAACCGUGUUCUGACUUAGACCAGAGAUGGCAAAUGCAAGGUACACCAUUUCUUCUCUGACCCCAUAGUAGGUACCACUAAUCUGCUUUGGAGUAUUUCCUGCUCAUUCCUGGUAUUUCCUCCUUUCUCAUGGUUUGCUCAGCAGCCAGUAUAAGUGCUGAGACCUGUUUACCAUCCCUGGCUAAGAUACUGCUCUCCUGUGGAGAGAGAAGUGUUUCCUAAGGUCGUCUUCCCCUCUGAAAUGCCUGUGUCUAGAAUGGUCCCUGCCCAUGCCUCUUCCUGGUCCAGUAAGGCUCUGUCCCCCAGCCUCUGCCAGGCUGAGGUACAUGAGAGCCACAGCCCCAUACAGGGUUUGCUGAGCUAUGGAAACAGGGAAGAGGCAGAAGCUCCCACCUGCCCCCUUUAUAGAUCAGGUAGGCCUGCAGUGGCCCGUGUGAUUCCCUGCCUGUUUCAGCUACCUCUUAAAGCCUGUGGGGGUUAGUGGGGCAGGGGCUGUUGGAGCCCAGAGUGGUGGGGUGGGAACUUGGCACAGCAGCCCUCUGAAACCAGGUCUAGCUUUGCAGAGCUACAGUGAGCAAGGCGGCCCCAGCAGGACUUCCCAGGUCUGAAGUAAUAGGCCCUGGGCAGGGUAGACAGCACCUUUGCUCUCAGCUCUGGGCAUCCUGGCCGGGCAUGGGUGGGGACCCCAUUUCUCUAACGCCAUUGACCAAAUCUUAAUCACUACAGCUGCUCUGCUUGCUCUGCUUCCAAAGUCAGCCCAGGCACCUGGGUGCUACCCACGCCAGCCAGGAGCCUGGUCCUGACGCGAGGGAGGCGGCCUCUGGGAAGGCCAGCGCCUUCCUCACUGGGGUGGGUCCCGUGCACAUGACCUCAGUUGUAGGACCAAGAGCCGUGCUGGUUUCUUAGACUGCUAGCUUUUUCUCCAGGGGCCCACAGUGGGCAAGGCUCAUGGCCCAGCGCCCUUGGCUCUGCUGAAAGUGAUUCGUGUUCACCAUGUCGGCUGAGAAUUUCAUGUGCACCGGAUUCUGAGAGGUGUCGCAGCACUUUUUUUAAAAUUUGUGUUUGUUUUCUGUGAGGUUUUUGGACCACAGGUGGGGCUCAGGCACUUUUCUGUAAGAGAAUGUUAACGUCGGUGAAGGUGGUUAUUUUCCCUUUCACCCCAUUGUGGCCCUGCUGAGGGCUGACCAAGAGGCCAGUGGGGCUGCCCUGGUGUCUGUGGGGGAGGGCCGAGGCCUGCCCAGCUGAUUCUCCAGCUGCUGCUCAGCCCUCCCACCGUGCACAGUAUAGAGGGUCACCCCAGGGACAGCCAGGCACCUGCCUGGGGGUGGGGUGCUGCCAUCUGUCCCUAUCACUGCUUCCCUCCUGGCCCAGCUUGACCUCCCAGAUUUGUUUGAAGCUGUGCUGACAGCUUUUUUUUUUUUUUGGUCUCAUUUUGGUAUUCACAACAGCCAGGGAUUUGAUUUUGAUGUAUUUUAAACCACAUUAAAUAAAAAAGUCUGUUGCCUUAC